AUGUCUUAUAAAUUGUCUCGAGGAGGACGCAGCAAGCAUUACAGACACCGCGCCUCACCAGAUUGCAACACAGUAGCUAGCUUUGAUAGCAGCUCAUCAGAAAGUCGCGGGGGACUCAAUAGAUACUACCGGCAGGCGUGGGAAAAUUUGCACGAGACAGCUGGACAGAAAGCAAACCCUCCACUGAGACGCAAAGAAACUUUGGAUGAUCCUAAUUACCGUGAUAAUUACCGCGGUAAUGACAAUAGCAACUCUACCGCAGACGACAACACUGGUAUCAAGCAUUCAGAUAAAAAAAGACAUCACCAUCAUCAUCAUCAUCAUCACGGAUCGACGACGAAUUCCGAGUGGCGACAGUCUCAGUCUCACCACCGAUAUUAA